UAUAUCAAAGCUUUUCCCUCCACGCCAUCUUCCAUAUCCAAAAUAAUCUCACCAUGCAUCAUCAUCAUCCAUGCAAUCUCAAACCCAUCACCUUCUUCUUUCUUAUUUAUCUCCAUCUCCAUAUCCCACAAACCAUCCAAGCUCGAAACCCAUCUCAUUUCACGAUCAAACCAUCACGACACAACGUCAAUAUACCGGAAAUAAAACGUCACCUCCACCGGUUCGGUUACCUACAACGCAACAACAACAACGUCUCGUUCGAGCAGGCUCUCUCUCGCUACCAAAAAAAUCUCGGUCUACCGAUAACCGGGAAACCAGAUUCCGACACGUUGUCACACGUUCGGUUACCAAGAUGCGGAUUCCCUGAUGACGUGGACCCCAAAACGCCGCCGUUUCACACGAAACAAAAAUACGUGUAUUUCCCCGGAAGGCCCAGGUGGACAAGAGACAACAUCCCACUGCAACUCACCUAUGCCUUCUCGCAGGAGAACCUCACCCCUUAUCUAACGCCAACGCAAAUACGCCGCGUGUUCCGGCUCGCUUUCGCCAAGUGGGCUUCGGUGAUCCCCGUGAGCUUCGUCGAAACGGUGGACUACGAGAUCGCCGACAUCAAAAUCGGAUUCUUCGCCGGAGAUCACGGCGACGGAGAGCCAUUCGACGGUGUUUUGGGCGUUUUAGCGCACACUUUCUCGCCGGAAAACGGUAGGCUUCAUCUAGACAACGCAGAGACGUGGGCCGUCGAUUUCCACGAGCAGAAAUCGACGGUUGCCGUUGAUCUGGAAUCUGUAGCUGUGCACGAGAUAGGUCACGUGCUUGGGCUGGGCCACAGCUCGGUGAAAGACGCGGCUAUGUACCCAACUUUAAAGCCCAGAAGCAAGAAAGUGGAUUUGAACGUUGAUGACGUCGUUGGAGUACAGUCUUUGUACGGAACUAACCCAAAUUUCAACUUAAGUGGUUUACUUGCGUCGGAGACUUCGACCAAUCUAGCUGCUGAUGGCAAGUUGGUUCGGUCCGAAGGUAUAAUCUAUUCGACCUUGAGUACUCUUCUCGUUCUCGGUUUUUUGAAUCUGUAGGUUCAUCAUAUAGAUUAUACAAAUUUACAUCGAUUUAGUUCAAUCUCAAAAAUGUAUAGAACCAUAGAGACACAUGGAAUGGAAUACAAUUAAGUUGUCUUGUUUUAUUUUAUAUGCUCAAGAAUGUUGGGUGUAUUACGUUUCCUGUAAAGUGGACACGCAACAACUAUGAGGCCCAUUUAAAAAUGGUUAUGAUGCUAACGGCCGAGUAGAUUGUCACAACGUGAGUAGCUGAAAUUAUACAGACCACAAGCCCUUAGCUAACACAGUUCGUUGGA